AUGCCUCCAAAAAAGCGCGAUAAAGAUAAUGAAACAAACAAGAGUACAAAAAUAGAUCAUUUACAAGCGGACCAUGAGUUAUUUUUGCAAGCAUUCGAAAAACCUACUCAAAUUUAUAGAUUCCUACGUACCCGUAACAUGUUAUCGCCUAUAUUUCUGAAUCGAACUUUAUCAUAUAUGAAAAGGAGAAUGUCGAGAAGCAAUAAAACACGUAUAGGUUUUAGUGUAGAUUCAUUAUUAGAGAGAAUUACUCAAAAGAAGAGUACCGAUUUGCAACCAAAUAGUCUAGGAGGUUAUAUGACCUUAACAUUCUUAGGAUUUUACGAUAAAAGCCUAGGUGACUCUAGGGACUAUCAAGUUAAAGUAGAAACUCUGUUGUUAAAAAUUUGCCACAAGAAAAGAAAGGAAAGCUCAUCUGCCAUAGUGGAAGUUUCAGUUGGAAGCUGUUCUGUACCAUUAAACCCAUCAUCAUCAGAGCCACCUGCAAUGGCCUCUGCUGUUAGUAUAGCUAGUGAUACAUUUAGCCCAUCACAAGGUCCUAAUGUGAAGUCCUACAUGCUUAUGUUAAGAGUGACGGUUACUAAAUCCAUACCGAGCUCCAACACAAAUGGAUCAACUACAGCUGAAAUAACAAAUGGGUCUUCAUCUGAUGAUGAACCUCUAACAAAACGCAUAAAACCUGCAGAUGUUAAUACUAAUUCAGAUAAUAAGUGGAGCAAACUCUAUGGUAGUGAACUGAUUGUGUAUGACAAACAUAAUAGAUGUCUAUUAACAAAUGGGGAAUAUGACUUAGUACUACAUGAUGCUACACCAGGUGGUAGAAGUGCGACAAUAGCCAGAUCUCCACAUAAAGCCUUGAUGGCCCAGUGGGAAACUAUACCUAAUGAAAAUGAUUUACACACAGAAACAAAUCCUUUUGAUAUAUUUAAAGUGCGUCCACUUUUAAAACUUAAACUUAGUUGGAGUCAAGAGCCAACAAAUGGUCUUGUAAAUAGACCAAAACUCUACCAAGCCAAUGAGACUAACGGAACUAAGAAAGACUCUACCAUUAUUAAGGAUAGACUGUCAACACAGAGGAAUGGAAAUAGCGAAAACAAGAAUAAUGAUAAAAAAGAAAACAAUAGCGAAUCAAAAAGACAACAAAUAAUAUACCAGUUUCUAUACAACAAUAACUCGAGACAGCAAACAGAAGGCUGUGAUGACCUGCACUGCCCAUGGUGUUCUUUAGACUGUGGAACUCUGUACUCAUUGCUCAAACACUUGAAGCUAUGCCAUUCCCGAUUUAACUUUACAUACUUUCCAAUACCGGGCGGGGCCCGAAUCGACGUAUCAAUAAAUGAGCUAUACGACGGGUCAUACACGGGUUCACCGCAUGACCUUAUCGCGUCCCAAGGGCGGUCGUCCGCCAGUGGCCCCAGAGCGGGUCCUACCCGUAGGGCCUCACUUACCCAUCUCCUGAUUUGGAGGCCACGAGCCAGAAGACGAGCUCAGAGGCAUAGCUUAGCUGAGUUCUUGGAGUUGGAUGAUAAUGACGUUCUAGAUGCACAGAGGCCAUACAUUACUGGACAUAAUAGGCUAUACCAUCACACUAUAACCUGCCUCCCAGUCUACCCCAACGAACUAGACAUUGACUCAGAAAGUGAAACCGACCCUCUCUGGCUCCAACAAAAGACCAUGAUGAUGAUAGACGAGUUCACUGACGUCAACGAGGGCGAGAAAGAAUUAAUGAAGAUGUGGAACCUUCACGUCAUGAAGUACAAUUACGUCGGAGACUGCCAGAUAUCGCUCGCUUGCCAAAUGUUCCUCCAAAUGAAGGGCAAGGAACUAUUAGAGAAGAAUCUCUAUAGAAACUUCAUACUCCACAUGUGUUCACUGCACGAUUUCGGGUUAAUUACCUCCGUGGCGUUGUACCAAACGGUGCAGAUGCUCAAUCAAAUGCUAGCAGACAACGCGGAAGCCAAAGAGAAGAUGCGUGAUUCGCUCAAAGCGCAAAGGGAACAUUGGAACACGGUCGGGAAGUUCCAACAACCAGUCGUGAUUGAGGCGAAGCCGCAAACGACCACUGCCAAGUUAAACGUGGAGGCUUCGCCCUCUGUGAGGAGAAAGACUUCGAAUUUACAAAACGCAAAUAGAAUGGCGAGCACUAGUUCCAAUUUUAAAUCGGCCAGUCCGGCCCCGAAUGGGGAAAAGCGGAAAAUGUCUUCCGGAAGUAUUCAGAGUCGGAAACGUUCGUCGAUCUCGGAAAGGAAAAGUUCUGUAUAG